GUCGGACAAAAGAGUCGUGACCCUUGACCAAGUGUGAGAAGUCGGAGAAGAUCUAGCCCGGAAUCAAGCGAGGCGAGCGCGGAGUGUGCAUAGCCCUCCCGCAAGCGAAUAAGAAGCAGGGCAGUCUGCUUCGACAAGUGCUCCACCAUGUCUGAACCACACCGAGAGAAUGUCAAGGCCUAUGAUAUCCCGAGCCGGAACUUGGGCAAGGGAGGUCGACCUAAGCCAUGGGCAGAUACAAAGGAGUACCAGAAGCUUUACAAAGAGUCGAUCGACAAGCCCGACCAGUUCUGGGACAGGAUGGCGAAGGAGUUGAUCGACUGGCAGACACCUUACAAGACAGUCCAACACGGUGACCUCAACCAGGGCGACGUCACCUGGUUUCCAGAGGGCCAGCUGAAUGCCUCCUACAACUGCGUCGACAGGUGGGCGUACAAGAACCCGGACAAGGUUGCUAUCAUCUGGGAAGCGGAUGAGCCGGGCGAGCACAAGGAGCUCACCUACCGCCAAUUGCUCGGUGAAGUCUGCAAGGUUGCCAACAUCCUCAAAUCGUUCGGCGUCAAAAAGGGAGAUGCUGUCGCAAUCUACUUGCCCAUGGUGCCUGAAGCAGCCAUCGCUUUCUUGGCUUGCGCGCGACUUGGCGCAGUUCACUCUGUCGUCUUUGCCGGUUUCUCUGCUGAAUCUCUUCGCGACCGUAUUCAAGACUGCAAGUGCAAGGUCGUCAUUACCACCGACGAAGGCAAGCGAGGCGGCAAGAAUAUCGCGACCAAGUCUAUCGUCGACAAGGCUCUCGACCAAUGCCCCACUGUUACCUCCACUCUCGUUCUCCAGCGAACGGGCGGCAAGGUCACCAUGAAGGAAGGCAGAGAUCACUGGUGGCACGAAAAAGCAGCCCAAGCGCUGCCUUAUUGCUCGCCGGAGGUCGUCAAUUCGGAAGACCCUCUCUUCAUCCUUUACACUUCAGGGUCGACUGGCAAGCCCAAAGGUGUCGUGCACACGACCGGUGGCUACCUCCUCGGCGCUGCUCUGACUGUCAAAUAUGUGUUCGAUGUGCACGAGAACGACAGAUACGCGUGCAUGGCCGACGUCGGCUGGAUUACAGGUCAUACUUACAUUGUGUAUGGACCCCUGAUGCUCGGCACGACGACACUCAUCUUCGAAUCGACGCCCGUUUAUCCUACUCCGUCGCGAUACUGGGAAACUGUUGCGAAACACAAGCUCACUCAGUUCUACACUGCCCCUACUGCAAUUCGUCUUCUCCGCCGACUUGGCGACUCUCACGUCAAAGGCCACGAUCUGAGCACACUGCGCGUCAUCGGGUCCGUCGGUGAGCCCAUCAAUCCCGAAGCUUGGUCAUGGUACCACGAGCACGUCGGUGGCAAGGAAUGCGCCGUCGUCGAUACCUACUGGCAGACAGAAACCGGCUCAAUCAUUGUCACGCCUCUGCCCGGUGCGAUCAAGACUAAGCCAGGUUCGGCCACGUUACCCUUCUUCGGCAUCAAGCCUGUCAUCUUGGAGCCUACGACCGGCAAGCCUCUCACAGAGACCACGGUCGAAGGUGUCCUUGCUAUCGAAAAGCCAUGGCCCUCGAUGGCACGCACAGUCUACGGCGACCAUGCGCGCUACAUGGAGACCUACCUCAAGCCUUAUCCCGGAUACUAUUUCACGGGAGACGGUGUCGGUCGUGACGAUGAUGGCUACUUCUGGAUCCGAGGACGAGUGGACGAUGUCAUCAACGUUUCCGGUCACCGACUGAGUACAGCAGAGAUCGAGAGCGCUCUCAUCAUGCACCCUGCAGUGGCCGAGACGGCUGUCGUCGGCGUAGCGGAUGAGCUGACUGGUCAAGCCAUCCACGCUUUCGUCACACUCAAGCCAGAAUUCUCCGAUUCGAGCGAUCGUGACAUCACCAAAGAGCUCGUGACUCAGGUCAGACAGAACAUCGGACCUUUCGCAGCGCCGAAGAAGAUCUUGCUGCUACCUGAUCUACCAAAGACGCGCUCGGGCAAGAUCAUGCGCAGAAUUCUCAGAAAGAUCUCUGAUGGCGAAGGUGAUCAACUCGGGGAUCUCUCCACAGUUGCAGACCCUUCAAUUGUCGAUAUCAUCAAGGAAAAGGUCAAGGCGGGCAAGUGAGCAUUAUCAAGUUGUAUCUAUGCAUCUGGGCGUGCUGUCUUCUCGCACAAAGCUAAUCAACC